CCCGCUGUCGAGCUUGGUGACUCGGUGCCCGCUGUUGUGCCAGAUGACUCGGUGCCCGCCCUCCUGCCAGAUGACUCGGUGCCCGCCCUCCUGCCAGAUGACUCGGUGCCCACUGUCGAGCUUGGUGACUCGGUGCCCGCUGUUCUGCUAGAUGGCCCGGUGCCUGCUGCCUCGCCUGACGGGCUGGUGCCUGCUGCUCCGCUUGAUGGCCCGAUGCCUGCUGCCAGCCUGAUGUGCCUCCGUCCGCUGCCCAGCCUGAUGUGCCUCCGUCCGCUGCCCAGCCUGAUGUGCCUCCGUCCGCUGCCCAGCCUGAUGUGCCUCCGUCCGCUGCCCAGCCUGAUGUGCCUCCGUCGCUGCCCAGCCUGAUGUGCCCCAGCCUGAUGUGCGUCCGCUGCCCAGCCUGAUG